AUGAUAAUGGCUGAAAGGCUCUUUGGGAUCUUGGCCUACGUGGCAUCUUCCAACGUGCCCUACUACCGCCUGAUCUCGCUGCUGGGAGACUGCAGACGUUUCCACUUGAAGUUCAAAGAAACCAACCUAAGCACCUUGCAGCAGUUCAACGCCUUGGCUCACCUGCGGCGGCUGGAGCAGUUGACGGUGGAGACUCAGGGAAACCCCGUGGUCAGCUUCACCUUGUGGAAGUUCUACGUCCUCUUCCGGCUGAGCCAUUUUAACCUGCAGAAGAUCAACGGGUCGGAGGAGAAGAAGCGCUUAACCAUCUGCAACAUCGCCCAUCACUGGGAAGUGCAGCAGAGCCGUCUCGCCCGCAAGCUUCCGAACCCGGAGCAUCUCCAAGGCGAGGAGCCCUGUCAGAACAACAGGAACGCGGCCUGCGAGUUUCUCGAGGAGGAAGGCAGACAUGGGGACUUCAUCUCCCAGAAUUCCUCAGCUGGCCAGGGGAUUCUGGGGAGUGAAGUCCACGCGUCUUCCACUGGACAACGUUGGGCAAAAGGCCUUUACGAGAAGGCCAUUGACAAUAGUCAGAGUAACAGUCCAACUGCACCUUCCAUCAACUCAGACCACCUCCCGAAGAUAACCCUGAACUCUAAGGAAUCAGAGGCAAAUGAUAACUUUCCAGAAAAAACAGACGUGGCAGACAGGAUCCAGAUACCUUAUGAAGCAUCUUGCGAGCAGCAACAGCCGGUGACAAAACAGCAAAAGGCAGGGCAGACGCCGAAGUCGGUAGCCACCCAGAGGACUCCACUGUGCCGUUUCAACACAAUUAUAAUCAUCUACCUCUUUUUGGUCGUUCUCCUACUUUGUUCUUCGGGCUACAUUGGUCUGCGUAUCAUCCAACUGGAAGAACAGUUGAUUUCCAUGGGGGCUUGGCCUGAAUUGGACCUUCAGCAUCAAUAUAAGGCAAGCUGAGAAAUCACCAUGUUCCAGGCAUCUGUGCAAGGUGAUGCGGAAACUGACAUUUCUGUGACGGCUGUUUUUGCUGAUCACAACUUAAAUUGGGCACAGAACUUUCCUUAGGCCUUCAGUUGUCAAGCUCAACUACGCAAGACCCACAACAUCGAUUCUGUUUGAAGGUUAUUCCCCCCACCAACUUCUCUGGAAAUAGAGGGGGGUUUCCCCCAAGAAGUAGAGAAUGACUUUUAAAGGGUUCCUGUGCACCAUGCAAGAUUUGGAGACUGGCCCGCUAUGGAUCCAUCGUGUGCCUUGAAAAGCCAACAUUUAGUAACUUUUUUACUCCUAACAUUUCUGGGUAAAAGAAGAUGGGAAAAGUGAAACACCUCUCUUUUAGUUUGUGUGUGUGGGGAAAAAAAACACCUUUCCCCCUUUCUCUUUUUUUUUUAAAGGUGUCUUCUUGCACCAGCGGUGGUCUUCAGCCGAUUCGGAUUGGUUUGGGUGAACUGGUAGUGACAAUCUGAAGGUGGGCAGGCCCGGCUCUAUG